UGGGGGUGAAAUCUUUGACCAGUGUGUUGCAGACAGAGAAGAAGCCUUUAAAGAAAAAGAUGUUCAAAGACUCAUGCGACAGAUUUUAGAAGGUGUUCACUUUUUACACACUCAUAAUGUAGUUCAUCUUGAUUUGAAGCCUCAGAAUAUUCUGCUGACAAGUGAAUCUCCAUUGGGUGACAUUAAAAUAGUUGAUUUUGGCCUUUCGAGAGUAAUGAAGAGCAAUGAAGAGCUCCGAGAAAUCAUGGGUACUCCUGAAUAUGUGGCUCCUGAAAUUCUUAGUUAUGAUCCUAUCAGCAUGGCCACAGAUAUGUGGAGCAUUGGAGUGUUAACAUAUGUCAUGCUUACAGGAGUAUCACCUUUCUUAGGCAAUAAUAAACAAGAAACAUUCUUGAACAUCUCACAGAUGGAUUUAAGUUAUUCUGAGGAAGAAUUUGAUGUUGUGUCUGAGUCAGCUAUUGACUUCAUCAAGACGCUUUUAGUUAGGAAACCUAAAGAUCGAGCUACCGCUGAAGAAUGUCUAAAACAUCCGUGGUUGACACAGAGCUGUAUUCAAGACCCUUCUUUCAGUGUGAAAGGGGCAUUAGAAGAAGCAGAUGCCCUCCAAGAAGAUGAUUCUGUGUGUGAAAUCAAUUCAGAUACUGAGAAACCAGAAACCAAGGAAUCAGCUGUAACAGAGGAGUUGAUUGUAGUUACUUCGUAUACUUUAGGACAAUGCAGACAGUCUGAAAAAGAGAAAAUAGAGAAAAAGGCUAUUUCCAAACGAUUUAAAUUUGAGGAACCUUUGCUACAAGAAAUUCCGGGAGAAUUUAUCUACUGAGUAUUUCCCUUUAGAACUUUAGGAUUUCUACAUUGGAAAUGUUAAUAUUAUUUAUGGACCUCUGGCCAAAUGGUACAUGCACUCAAAGUGGAUAACCAGGUAUCACUGACACAAACAAAAAUAACUUUGUCAAACUUGUGGAGUUAGGUGAAUCAAGCCAGAUUUAUAAAAUUGCCAACCAGGAGGUUUAACAGGUAAAGUUAUUUGUUUCAAUAUUAUUUUUAAGAAGGGAGAUGUUUCCACCUUUUGUUUGUUUGUUUGUUUCCACCUUUUAAUUCUACAUCCUCUUUCUCCAGAAUGAGAAUUUGUAUGCAAAGAUAUUUGUAUUUGCUUUCUUUAAAAAUACAAGUAAAAGUGCCAAAAUUACA